AUGCCAAACAACCUCGACAGAGUCGUCAACGUGGUUGGCAACAAGGACGGCGUCAUGAAACCUCGCGGCCUUUUGGUUUUACGCAGGCGGUCGACGUCCUUCUUUUCAAUACCUACCAUCGACCAAGUGGUUGAGAGAGGCUGUCCCAGGUCCUCGCCAGUGCUUAGCAGGAAGGAAGCAGCAAGAUCAGGUGAAAUGGAUCAAAACGGCCUGGUGAGAUUGACACAAGGAUCUCGCCGUCAACAACCUCGACAGAGACGCCGCCCACGUUGGCAACAAGGACAGCGUCAUGAAACCUCGCGACCUUUUGAUUUUACACAGGUGGUCGACGACGUUCUCCUCAUAUUCCUUUUUACCUUCCUGGGUGACCUCAUGGCCACGGUCCUGAACCGUUUCAUUCUCAUAUUUCUUUUCCCCUACUCAGGACGCUCACCAUCACCAUCAAACACCGAAUUCUCCUCCUCCUUGACACAAUCAGUGAAAGAGAAGGAAAAGCAAAGCGGGAGUACAAGGCGGAAAAGAUUAGAAAGUUGCUUAACUCCAAAGGACGGCAUGGACGUCUUCGCACCCUACUUCAGACGGGCUGUCACGUCCAACGUGUCUAGACUUUAUGUUGAACAUCCCGCCGUCAAGAGGGACGCUCGCCCUCACCAUCAGACCUGA